AUGCUUAAUACUGCUAUUAAGUAUCAGAAGGUUUUUGCUCGACUAAAGCAACGUGAGCCACAGUAUGAUUGUUUGCCAGAUGAUGAAGAUUGGUUGUUGGCAAAGGAAAUGUGCGACAAACUUAAGAUAUUUUAUACCUUCACAGAGAAGUUUUCCGGAGUAAAAUAUCCUACCACCAACCUUUUCUUUCCAAGUUUUUGUGAUAUUAGAUUGUCACUAAAUGAGUGGAAAAAAUCUAAAGUUGGUGUGAUUAAGGAAAUGGCAUAUGAAAUAAUAGAGAAGUUUGAAGAGUAUUGGUUUGUGAUCAAUGGAGUAAUGGCCGUAGCAAUUAUGUUACGUCCAAGGUUUAAGAUGAAAUUGAUUGAGUUUUAUUUUCCACAAAUUUAUGGUCAAGCUUUUUCAAAAAUCGAAAUUGAUCGAGUACGCGAUUUAUGCGUUGAUUUGGCGACGGAGUAUGAAUUGAAAGUAAAAUUUGCUGAAACAUCUGUUAGCCAAAAUGAUUUGUCUUUCACUUCAGAGAUGCAUGGUUUUAACGAUGACGUAGAUCCUUUGGAAAAUUUUGAUAUGUUUGUCUCUAAUACUGCUCCUACUAGUACUGUUAAGUCAGAAUUAACCAAUUACUUAGAAGAAGAUCUUUUACCUAGGAUUGUGUAUGGCUAG